CUCGGAGCCCCAUGGUGCGCGGCGGCGGCCAGGCCGCAGGAGGAACCCGAGGCCCCGGUCGCCCCGGCUGACCGCACGGACCCGAGCGGCCCGGAGCCGUCGCCGCCCGUCGGGCCCCGCCGGGGCGCGGGCUGGCCAGCCAUGGGGUCCCUGUUCCGGAGCGAGACCAUGUGCCUGGCGCAGCUCUUCCUGCAGUCCGGCACGGCCUACGAGUGCCUCAGCGCCCUGGGCGAGAAGGGCCUGGUCCAAUUCCGAGACCUCAACCAGAAUGUAAGUUCCUUCCAAAGAAAAUUUGUUGGUGAGGUGAAGAGGUGUGAAGAACUAGAACGAAUAUUAGCAUAUUUGGUACAGGAAAUUAAUAGAGCUGAUAUUCCCCUGCCUGAGGGAGAGACCAGUCCUCCAGCACCCCCUCUGAAACAAGUCCUAGAAAUGCAGGAGCAGCUGCAGAAGCUCGAGGUUGAGCUGAGAGAAGUCACCAAGAACAAGGAGAAACUGAGGAAGAACCUGCUUGAACUGAUUGAGUACACUCACAUGCUCAGAGUGACAAAAACCUUCGUUAAACGAAACGUGGAGUUUGAACCUACUUAUGAAGAAUUCCCUCCCUUAGAGAAUGAUUCCUUGUUGGACUACAGCUGUAUGCAGAGGCUGGGAGCAAAACUGGGGUUUGUAUCUGGCCUAAUUAACCAAGGGAAAGUUGAAGCAUUUGAGAAAAUGCUGUGGAGGGUCUGCAAAGGGUAUACCAUCGUGACCUAUGCAGAACUGGAUGAGCCCCUCGAGGACCCUGAAACUGGAGAAGUCAUAAAGUGGUAUGUGUUUUUAAUAUCCUUUUGGGGAGAGCAGAUUGGCCACAAGGUUAAGAAGAUAUGUGAUUGUUACCACUGCCACGUUUACCCCUACCCGAAUACAGCUGAGGAGCGGAAGGAGAUUCAGGAGGGGCUCAAUACCCGGAUUCAGGAUCUCUACACUGUGCUCCACAAAACCGAGGAUUAUUUAAGGCAAGUGCUGUGUAAAGCCGCCGAAUCCGUCUACAGCCACGUCAUCCAGGUGAAGAAGAUGAAAGCCAUUUACCACAUGCUGAACAUGUGCAGCUUCGACGUGACCAACAAGUGCCUCAUCGCCGAAGUCUGGUGUCCUGAGGCUGAUCUGCACGAGCUGCGCCGGGCGCUCGAGGAGGGGUCGAGAGAGAGCGGUGCUACAAUCCCCUCAUUUAUGAACACCAUCCCAACAAAAGAAACCCCCCCGACUCUAAUCCGCACCAACAAAUUCACCGAGGGCUUUCAGAACAUUGUGGACGCCUAUGGAGUCGGGAGCUACAGAGAAGUGAACCCAGCUCUCUUCACCAUCAUCACUUUCCCCUUUCUGUUCGCCGUGAUGUUCGGAGACUUCGGACAUGGCUUCGUGAUGUUCUUGUUUGCCCUCUUGCUGGUGUUAAAUGAAAACCACCCCAGACUAAAUCAGUCACAAGAGAUCAUGCGCAUGUUUUUCAAUGGCCGAUACAUCCUCCUGCUGAUGGGGCUGUUCUCCGUGUACACGGGCCUCAUCUACAACGACUGCUUUUCAAAGUCGGUCAACCUGUUCGGCUCUGGGUGGAGCGUGUCAGCCAUGUACAGUUCCAGCCACACCCCUGCGGAGCAGAAGAAGAUGGGGCUCUGGAAUGACAGCGUCGUCAGGCACAACAGGGUUUUGCAGUUGGACCCGAGCAUUCCUGGAGUGUUCCAAGGCCCUUACCCUCUUGGUAUCGAUCCCAUUUGGAACUUGGCCACAAAUCGCCUCACUUUCCUAAACUCUUUCAAAAUGAAAAUGUCUGUGAUUUUAGGAAUUAUUCACAUGACUUUUGGAGUCAUUCUGGGAAUAUUUAACCACUUGCAUUUCCGGAAGAAGUUCAAUAUUUAUUUGGUUUCUGUCCCGGAACUUCUCUUUAUGCUGUGCAUCUUUGGAUACCUUAUAUUUAUGAUCGUCUAUAAGUGGCUGGUUUAUUCGGCAGAAACCUCCAGAGUCGCUCCCAGCAUUCUGAUUGAAUUUAUUAACAUGUUUUUAUUCCCGGCUAGUGAAACGAAUGGUCUUUACUCAGGGCAGGAGCACGUCCAGAGGCUGCUGCUGGCCGUCACGGCGCUGUCCGUUCCCGUUCUCCUCUUGGGAAAACCACUCUUCUUGUGGUGGCUCCACAACGGGCGCAGCUGCUUUGGCGUGAGCCGGAGUGGUUACACACUCGUAAGGAAAGACAGCGAGGAAGAAGUUUCUCUACUGGGAAGCCAAGACAUAGAAGAGGGAAAUAACCAAAUAGAAGAUGGAUAUAGAGAAAUGAUGUGUGAAGAGUUUAAUUUUGGAGAGAUACUGAUGACCCAAGUGAUUCAUUCCAUCGAGUACUGUCUGGGGUGCAUCUCCAACACCGCUUCAUACCUGAGGCUCUGGGCUCUCAGCCUGGCCCAUGCACAGCUGUCUGACGUCCUGUGGACCAUGCUGGUGCGCGUGGGCCUCCGGGUAGACACCACUUACGGAGUCUUGCUGCUGCUACCAGUAAUCGCUCUCUUUGCAGUGUUGACAAUUUUCAUCCUUUUGAUCAUGGAAGGCCUUUCUGCAUUUCUCCAUGCCAUACGCCUCCACUGGGUAGAAUUUCAGAACAAGUUCUACGUUGGUGCAGGCACCAAGUUUGUUCCUUUCUCAUUCAGACUACUUUCGUCGAAGUUCAGUGACGACGUGGCAUGAUCAUAUUGCCGUAUCCAAACAAGCUUUCGGAUUUAUGGAGAAUUAUCAUGUUACAGAAUUUCACUUCCGUCAAACUUACGAUAGGAAAAAUUCCGUCUUCAUUGAUUGCCUUAUGAUAUAGCCAAAUAAUUCUGUAAGAUAAACCUCUUCCUCAUGUUAAAUAUUUUGUAACGCUUAUCAAUUUCAGAUAUGUAAAUUUCUUUCAGUUUUUAUGGUGAGCAAACUUAAGUUAAUGCCAAAAGUUAUGUUAAAGUUAUUUUUAAAAAUAGAGGCUUGGGGGGGAGAAGUGGUUUUGAAUGGCUAGUUGAAAAUGGUCUUAGUUACUCGAGUCCUUUUCACCUCAUUAAAAAAAAAAAAUUACAGCGUUAUUCUGUCACUUGAAGUUGUCAGAUAAUAUUUUCCAACAGCUGAAGUAUAGUUUUUUAAAAAAUUUAAUGACGGAUAAUCAAAAGAUUCGCAUUUAUUCUGCUUGAUUAAAAGUAUGUAAACAUUUUGUAUCGUAUGCUGUCUAGAACUGCAAGUUAGGGGAUUGUUUCUACAAUUUUGUCUUGUUUUAAUGAUUGGAGAAAACGGGAUAAAAUAACAUACGACAGAUGGUUAUCCCACUUGUAUAUUUUUAAAGAUAUUCUUACCCUCUUAUCCUUAUAUAAAACCAAUUAUGACAAAUGUACGUUGGAAAGAUAAACUGUAUACUGAGCCUUAAAACCCAGUGUGACCGUAAAAGAUAAAAUAUGGAUGUGAUUUGAACUUAGGGACCAACUUGUAUGAUGUUACUGAUGUUACCGAACCUUUUAGGGGUUUAUACUGAGUGAAGGGAAGGUGAAAAGUAGUAUUUUGUAUAUUUUUAUAACAAAAUAUAAAUUAAGAUAUUUUACCAUGAAGAGAUUGCACCUGUCCUUGAGAACAGUAUAAUUAUAAUUUUUUUUUUUUUUUACUUUCAGACUGAUUGUAAAUAAAGGUCUGGUAAAGGUAUUUAGAGUUAAUUUAAGCUUUCAAACACCAUUUGGAUCAGUUGAAAAUUCUCUUUAAUUUAAAUUCAUCUAUUCACUUGACAUUUAGCUUUGAAGGAUUUUGAGUCCUGUUGAAUGUUUUAAUCUACGGAGACAGUCCCCACCUUACCAGUGGUUCCACUUAAUGAAUUUUGAAUUAAUGAUGUUGUGAAAGCAAUACACAUUCCGUAGAAACCAUACUUUCAGGGUUGAAUCUGGAUCCUGUCCGGGCCAGCGAUCUGCGGCCCCAUCCUCUCCCGCCAUGCUGGGCAGAGGCCGCAGCUCCCAGACAGCCACGCGGUCGGGAGAGUCAACAGGUGGUACACGGACAGCCACCUGCGCCCACACGGCCGUUCAGUUUGGCACUUUCAGUACAGGAUUCAGCCCAUUACAGGAGAUAGUCAAUACUCCCUUAUAAAAUAGGCUUUGUGGUGGAUGAUUGUGCCCAACCGGAGGCUCCUGUCCGUGUUUGGAGCACGUCUAAGGCGGGCCAGGCUAGGCUGCGGUGUUCCCUAGGGUAGGUGUGUUAAAUGCACGUUCAACUUAGGAUGAGACCCCAUCGUAAGUUGAGGACGAUCUGUAGUUUUGUAAAUUAUGUUCAUUUUUCAUAUUUUACUGUAAUUGAUGUUAGGUAAUUAUUUUCAAAAAGAAAUCGGCAGUGUUUUCACUUAACGUUUUGAGGCAGGUGCAUGAAAAGGCCUGUUUGUCACCAUACACCUUCACCCUGCCUAGUGGGGGAGUUUGGAAUUUUCAUUUCAAGCUUGGGUUCUGGUAGCCCUGGAUCUAAGCGUGUCUUUUCAGGUCAAGUUGAGACCUGUUUGCCGAGAGGCAUGAACUGAACACGCUGACGUAAUCGUGACGCUGACGUUAGACCUUAAUUGUGUGGUAAGCCUUCCAUGCUGCUCUUUCACGAAUUGGGAGUUACUGGCCUUUGUCCCUCGUAUUACAAUAUCAAGCUUCAAACCACGCGGAUAAAUCCUUGGGAGGUGAUUCUGCUGUCAGAGUGCAGUUUCUCCGGAAAGGUCUAACGUUGGACACUUCUGUUGGGUGAAUACAAACUCUGAACAGUGCUGUCCCUCACCACUGGCCAUCUUCAUUACUUUACGCCAAGGAUCUGUUGUAAUAAAAUGGUAAUUCAUCCUUAGGAAACUCACGAUUUCAGGGCACUGCUAGCCGAUGAGUAAACAGGAGGCCUGUAGUGUCUGCUGGAAUUUUUUAGUGCCCCCACUGGUAACUGUUAUGGGCUGUUACAGAAUUUUUCAUUUUAAGUAACAUCUCUCACCAGGGUAUAGAACAGAGAGGAAAGAGUCCGUUUUUAAUUGAGACCUAUGUAGUGGUUAUGUAUUCUACAUCAUUGUAUAAAAAAUGAAUUAGUAGUCCCAACUUUGGUGAAAGGCCUCUCUAGAAAUAGAGCUUGAUCGUGUCUUGUAGGCACUAGGGGAAAUUUAAUUUUUUUCCUAAAGCUGUAGGUUCCAGUGGCUGCUUUAUGUUUAAACUUUAUGCUUUGCUUUAUGUUUAAGCUGUCUGGUGGAACUAUUAUGUAUAUCAUUUUUGAGACAGACUUUGUUCCCUUAAUAGCAAAUAUCUGGAGGAAGAAUGGUCAAUUGUCGGGAUGAAGCUAUGUAUCUGUUUAUUUUCCUCAAGAGAACACGUCAUGAUAAAUGUCAUGACGGCCAUGUUUUCCAGUGUUCAUUCAGGUGUUCAUUCUGUGUGUUAAUGGAGUCCUAAAAUAAAAAUCCAAGGCAUUUCUUCAGGAAAACAACUUGAUUUCAUCCUGCAAGGGUAAAGAACGUCCUUGCGGUGACGUAAUUAUGAUCAGUUAAAGAACUCAGGUGUCCUGAUGGGGAUCAUGGUGAGCCCUGUGGACUGUCCAUUCCUUGUGGGUAGGACUUUGAAAAGACACCCCUUUCACAGAAUGCCUUUCUGUCCUCAUUUCGGGAAUGGGUACCUAAUAACAACAUUCUGUUCUCAGUUUCCAGUCUGCUGUAGCUUCAAAAGGCCUAGAGUAUAGCAUAGGUCGCUCUUAAGAUGUUUAUGAAUUCAAUAUUCAGGCAUUUUAGGGUCUGACUCAUUUUGGAAAACAAAAACAGAACUGCUACAACUGUUCUGCAGUCUGCAUUUGAAAACAGUAAAUCUCUUCAUUUAAAAUUUUAAAGCCAAGUUUGCGUGCAUGCCAUCUGGUGUAAUCUCCAGUAAGGUUAUUAGGAAAUCUUAAUUCAAGAUGAUGAAAAUCAGGCAGUUCUAAAUAAUAGUUUUCCAACAGCGAGGUCAUGGAGGCCGGGCUUUGGUUUAGAAUUGUAAGAAAUACUUCAGAACAUUCCACGUGUUCCUUGAUGGGAAAAUCCAACAAGAAGCCUAGGUUCUUGGUGUCAGCCUUGUCGUCCAGGGACUCAUCUCCAGGAGGGGAGAGCAGUCACUAAGUUAAAGCUCCACAAAUGCACGAAAGGACAACUUUGCAUCUUCCUAUCAGUAUUGAACUUCUUUUUACUAAUGAAAAAUAAAUAUAUUUUUAAAACAUG